AUGGAGGCAAAUACAAAGCGUCAUAGGCUUCCUCUUCACAGAGCUCUCCUACUGGGAAGUGGUGGCGUUGGCAAGACAUCUCUCUGCAACAGUUUCUGUCUUGGUCAUUUUGUUGACACGUUCGACUCUAGCAUCGAUAAUGGCUACCGGAAGGAGAUCGCGGUUGAUGACAAGCCAUGCGUGAUCCAUAUCUUCGACAAAGGUGGCCAGGCUGAACAUCUGGCUCUCAGACAGGAAUGGAUCCGAGAAAGUACGGCCUUUGUACUUGUCUUCAGCUUCUUAUCAAGGGAGUCGUUUGAGAAGACGAAGAAGCUGUAUCGACAGAUACGGUCAGUUAAGAACGCACCUAUCCCCUUGAUACUCGCCGGAAACAAAAGCGAUACCAGGCCGGAAUCAUGGGAAAUAUCUGUUGAGGAGGCAAGGAGUUUGGCAGCAGAGUUCGGUUGCGAAUUUGUGCAGACAUCAGCCAAAUAUGACGAAAAUGUCGAAGAAAUGUUCCACAAGCUCAUCGCGCUAGCCCAUCACCUUGAUGAAGGAAAUCGACAACAGACAAAUGAUUUUCAGAAUCUUCCCAACACCGAAUUGAUUAUCGACGACAAAAGCUCACAUGGCGACGGCGCCAGGGAUGACAUAAAGGACAACUCAGGAGAUACGAGCGGAAGAAUAUUCGAAACAACCUCGACCACUGUCAUCAAUCACACAGAUUUAUCACGUCCCACAGAUGACGCCACCGAGCGGGUAGAUGAUUCAAUGCCUAGAAGCAAUUACAGGGAAAGAACUGGCUGGAGACGCCGUUUCUCAAGUUUUCUGAAACAUUUGUGA